GUAUAUGAGUUAGACAGAAUAACAAGAGUAUAAUUAUGAUGCAUAAUACUUGGAGAUAUUUGGUUGCAAUCAUACUACAAGGUAGAUUCAUUCAGAAAAAUUGAUUUGUCAAUAAUGUGGCAUAUUUAUCAAUAAUGUAAUCUAGUUGUUUUAAAUUAAAGUCAACCACAAGAGUCUACAAAACAAUCAAAAUGAAGUACAACACCUUCUUCAAUCCCUUAAAGAUUUUGUCCAACAUCUUGGCUCCACUGACAAUAGCUUAACACUAAAUAGCUAGGUUACCAAUAAUAGAUUUCUUGGAAUAAGCUUCUGAAAGAUUAAACUUAAGUACUAAUACUGCUUUUUUGGCUAUUACAUAUAUCGACCACUUUUUCAAUAAAGUUAAUGUGAAUGAAAAUUAGAUUUUCUUAUAUGCUGCUGCUGCUCUGAUGUUGGCAGCUAAAGCAUAAGAACUUGAUGAAAGAAUCCCUUUCAUUAGUAAACUUAAACGAUAUUCUUCAAUGACUUCUCAUCCUGAAAUCAAUAACUUUACAACAUAGGAAUUUUGUAAUGCUGAAAAAGCUUUAAUUGAAUCUUUAAAUUGGAAAUUAUAGAGAAUUACUCUUCUUGAUAGAAUAGAAUCUUUGCUUUCUUUUGGUGUCAUAGAUGAUGAUGACAGUCUCUCCCAACCACCAUAAUAAAAGGAAAAUAAAGAUUAAUAAAUAACUCAUAUUAAGCUUAGAGAUUUAAAUGAAAAAUAAAUCAAUAACUAUGUGAAUGAAGUUGAAAACAAAUAUAUAGAAGCUGCUUAUUCUGUGAUUAGAGGUAAAAUCAAUUAAAUAAGUAGAUGAUCAAGUAUAUUUUUCAAACGAUUAAACUAUAUUAGCCUUAUCUUGUAUAGCUUUUCUAAGGAAAAAGGCUGGAUUGCUAAAUAUCUGGUCUUAACAACUCUAGGCUUUGACAGGAGAAUCCGCUUAAAAAAUAUCAGCUACUGUAUCUUAAAUUAUGACUCUUACUCCCAAAAAUGUAAGCAAACCUCUUAUUAAUACUUCAUCUAGUUCAUAUUUAAGUAAUUAUUAGAACUCAUCAUCUUAAAAUAAAAGUUCUUAUAUGAAAAACAGAUAAUAUUUAUUUGAAUCAAAUAAAUCAUCAGCAGGUGAUAUCAUCUCAUAAUAUAAUAAUACAGCUAAAGCACAUUUGAAAGUUCCCUUAUUUCAAUCAUAAUCAACAAUGCAAUUAUCUUCAAAAAGCGAAAUAAUGAAACCUCAUCAAAUAAAUUAAAAUAAAUAUUCGAGUCGAAUUAGUAAUUUUACUACAACAAAUAAUUAUUCAUACUUAUCUGAUAAUAUUGUUCAUCCAAAUUCAUAUAUAAAACAUGCUGAAUUGGAUAAAAAAUAUGAGUAAAUACAUAAAGUAAGCGAAACAAAAUUUAGAACUAAAAUAUUCAGUUGA